AUGUCACUCGAUUACCACGGUCUAUUUGGGCUCAGUGCUCUAACAAACCAAUAUGAGUACGGGAAUAGCAGGCAAUUUCUCUCCAUCGUCAAUCAAGAGCUCGGCCUCUUCAUGACCGAUCACAAAUCGAGAAGUGAGUACAUUAUUUUCACCGGUGUGGACGGGCAAACCUUCCGCCGUGACUUCCUCAACCGCGACGGCCCGGCAGAUUUCGAGACGUAUUCCAUCACGCACCAGCUCAUUCUCUUCAAAAUGGAGUCACACACCCAUGGUAUUGCACACCGCAGCUUUGAUCAUAUGCUACACGACAAGCUCCGAGAUAUGGGCAAUGGAGACCGCCAAAUCAGACCUUUUGGAUCGGCGCAUGUGCAGGGCGAGGAGCGGAAGAAAAGGGCGGAUGAAAGCUACCAGCCAAAUCGCCUACCUCGUCACCGAAGCAACCAUUGGCCUAGCCUUGUCGUUGAGGUUGGAUACUCGGAAGUGCAAAGGAAACUAGAGUCAGAUGUGGCGUGGUGGUCUACCGAAUCAGCUGGGGAUGUCAGGGCUGUAAUCACCAUUGCCGUCGACCCAAGAGUCAAACGAAUGAUUAUUUGCCAAUGGCACGGCACCAACAUGGUCUAUCGAAAUGUGCUAUCUCGACCCUAUGGCGGGAGAAUGCAGAAUACCAACUCGAAUCCUCUGGUUAUUGAAUUCGACCGUCUGUUUCUUCGUGCACCUCAAGGGAUUGAAGCAAACAUCACUUUUACCAUUGAUGAGUUGGGGGAAUUUGCAGAACUGGUAUGGGAAAUAGAGUUCGAAGGCCAAGUAAGUGGUGAUAGUUCUUGA